AUGUCCGAGUCUAAGCCCCAGACACUACUGUCAGCCCGUGGUAACCUGAAUCUGACACAGAUUCUUGGCCGCAUCCCGCCCCAAUUGCUCAACCCAACAGAGCGCCACAAUGAAAUUGAUUUGUCGAUGGCAGAGAAUCGGCUCAUCCGGGAAGAAAUCCUGCAGCUGGCGAGAUCUGCAAUCGAGAAUAGUCUUCGCUCCAAGCAUUUGGAUUGGCCCAAGGGUUUCUUUGGUGACGCAGAACUACUCAAAAUAAUAUCCACUGUCUUUCAGAAUAGCUUUGGCCCCUAUGCACCCGUGGAGUCCGACCAUAUCGCGGUGACUGCCGGCGCUGCCGCCGGUCUCGACGCUAUUCUCUACAACAUUUGUAAUCCAGGCGACGGAGUACUCGUUCCAUGUCCGUACUGGAGUGGAUACGAUGCUCUGUUUACACUACACUCGGAGGUUCGCCCAAUUGGGGUGGUCGUUCCUUUGCUCGAAGACUCCUUUGGGCAGGCAUUCAUUACGGCACUAGAGGAGUCCUACCAAACAGCCCCUUGUCCGAUCAAGGCGCUGGUAUUGGCAAAUCCACACAAUCCCCUCGGUCGACCGUAUCCCCGAUCCAUCCUGGAAAAAUGCAUUGCGUUUUGUCAGGAACGCAAUCUCCACCUUAUCUCCGACGAAGUGUUUGCACUCAGUAGCUUUACCAGUCCGGAUAUUCAAGAUCCCGACCCAUUUGUCUCCUGUCUGAGCAUUGACCCGACCCAGUUUGGAUGCGACCCGGAGCGUGUUCAUGUCGUCUGGAGCAUGAGCAAAGACUUAGCCGCCAGUGGCGUACGCUUGGGCUGCGUGGUGACACGUAACCGACCCCUGCGCAACGUGGUCGGACUCGUGGCAUCUGUGCAUGUAUCGGCAUUGUCAACGGUUUUCGCAAAGGAGGUCCUUGCUUCACCGCAGCUACCUGCGCUGUUAUCGCUUAGUGCGGACCGACUGGGGGUGAGCUACACUACUCUGACGACUGCAUUCAAGGCAAUGGAGAUUGAGUACUUCCCCUGCCACGCAACGGUAUUCUUGUUAGCUCGGCUGGCCCCGCACGCAGAUACCUGGGAAGAGGAGAUGACGGCCUUCCGGGCUUACAUGCAGGCGGGAGUUUUGCUGGUACCGGGUAAAGCCUAUCAUAUGCCGGAGCGGCUGAAAGGUUGGAUGCGGGUCACAUUUGCCGUGACUGCAGAUGAAUUAGCGGAAGGAAUUGGCAGGAUUCAGAAGGUAUAUCGGAGUUUGGCGGCAUGA